AUGCCCGUAUAUACUCCCACAACAAGCUCAGACCCCGACCGGGACACGCACAAGCUGAAGCUUGUCUACUUCAGCAAUGAGUUCUCCAGGGAUGACUUACAAGGCGUGUUUCGUCGUCUGCACAACCACAGCAAGGACAGCGGAUACCCGAUCUUGGCCGAUUUCAUAUCAAAGGCCACUUCGGCCAUCAAGGAUGAAGUUCGGCAGCUACCGACGGAGCUUAAACAUCUGAUCCCACCGUUCGAGACCAUCUUCAGUUGGGUUGAAAACACAGAGCUCCGCGAAGGUUUGAUCUGCGGUGCCGUAGACGGAGUGUUGCUUAUUGUGGUUCAACUGGCAACUUACAUUGGAUAUGCAGAGAGCCGUCCUGAUGAUCUAUCUGACUUUACAAACACGAGCCUUGCUGGCCUUGGUAUUGGUCUUCUGGCAUCAACUGCUGUCUCAUUGUCUUCGACGUUGGCAGACUUGCCACAGGCGGGUGCAGAUGCGGUGCGCCUGGCAUUCCGCCUCGGCAUCCAUGUCCAGGGUGUUUCCGCAAACUUGGAAGCCCGUGAGCUGUCAGAGAGUCCAGAUACCUGGGCAUAUGUCGUUCAUAACGUCGACCCAGCGGCCGUUCGAAAGGAGCUCGACACGAUAUAUUCUCGGCAGGAGAUUCCUGCCACAGGGAAGAUCUUUAUAAGCGCUGUCAGCCGGACCUCUGUUACAGUGAGCGGACCACCAGCUCGUUUAAAGACGUUGUUCAUCACGUCCGAGUUCUUCCGCGAGUCAAAGUUCAUUCCCCUUCCAGUCUACGGCGGCCUCUGCCAUGCGCCCCAUAUCUACAGCCUGCAGGAUACGCAGAGUAUCGUCCAUGGCAGCUCAUUGAACACAGUUCUGUCAAAGUCGUGGCCGGCGAUACCAAUCUACUCCACCAGCACCGGUCAAUACUACCAAGCCAAGAAUGCCACAGAGCUAUUUGAAGCUGUCGUCUCGGAGCUCCUUACUCAAGCAAUCUAUUGGGACCAUGUCAUAUCUGGCGUGGUCGAGAGACUCGAGACCACUCUUGCCUCGGAAUUGGUGCUGUUCAGCUUUGGCAACUCCAUUCCUCUCAACGACUUAACGACUGCCGUGAAGAAUAGCAUUACACACCCUCAAGUCACACUCAACAAUCUGAUGACCUGGGUCACACAAGUCACGCCCCGGGAUACUGCGCCUCGCAGCCCGGCACAGGCUAAGCUCGCCAUCGUUGGCAUGUCUUGCAGGCUUCCUGGAGGGGCGACAAACACCGAGAAGUUCUGGGAAAUUCUAGAGAAGGGGCUGGAUGUUUCCCGCCGAAUCCCAGCUGAUCGGUUUGACAUUGACACGCACUACGAUCCAACCGGCAAGCAGCUCAACAAGACUAUGACCCAGUAUGGCUGCUUUAUUGACGAGCCUGGCUUGUUCGAUGCGCCUUUCUUCAAUAUGUCCCCCCGUGAAUCCCAGGUUGUUGAUCCACAAAUGCGUCUUGCUCUUGUCACGGCGUACGAGGCGCUGGAACGUGCAGGCUAUGUUGGUAACCGUACUGCAGCCACGCAGUUACAGCGCAUUGGUACAUUCUACGGUCAAGCUGCGGACGACUACCGUGAAGUUAAUCAAGGCCAAGAGGUUGGCACCUACUAUAUUCCAGGUGGCUGCCGCGCCUUUGGUCCGGGCCGUAUCAAUUACUUCUUUAAGUUCGCGGGACCCAGUUACAGCAUCGAUACGGCUUGCUCCUCUGGACUUGCGGCGAUUGAGGUCGCCUGUCAGGCGCUUUGGAACGGCGCUGUGGAUACCGCUGUUGCAGGAGGUGUCAACGUCUUGACCAACCCUGACGGUUUCACCGGACUCUGCAACGGCCACUUCCUCACCAAAGGACACAACGCUUGUAAGACAUGGGAUAGCACCGCUGACGGGUACUGCCGUGCGGAUGGUAUUGGCUCUGUGGUCAUCAAGAGACUCGAAGACGCGGAAGCUGAUAAUGAUAACAUCUUGGGUGUUAUUCUUGGUGCUGGCACAAACCAUUCAGCAGAAGCAGUCUCCAUUACCCACCCCCAUGCGGGCCACCAAGCCUACUUAUCUCGGCAGGUACUUCGACAGGCCGGUGUGGAUCCCUUGGAUGUGUCCUACGUCGAGCUCCAUGGCACUGGCACUCAAGCGGGGGACCAUGAGGAGAUGAAGGGUAUUAUGGAGGUGUAUGCUCCGCUCACCAAGCGUCGUAGCAAGGACCAGCCGCUCCACAUUGGCGCUGUCAAGGCAAAUGUCGGCCAUGGCGAGUCUGUUGCAGGCACGACUGCGUUGAUCAAGGUACUUUUAAUGCUCCAGAAGAACGCCAUCCCGCCACAUGUUGGAAUCAAGACAGAGAUAAAUCCCAAGUUCCCCCGAGACUUUGAUAAACGCAAUCUCCACAUCCCAAUGGAAAUGACGCCUUGGCCGCAGGUCCCUGGAAAGAAGCGCCUUGCAGUGGUCAACAACUUUGGCGCUGCUGGUGGGAACACAACGAUGGUCCUGGAAGAGGCGCCAACACGCGAUAUCGCAGAGACGGAUCCGCGCAAGACGCACAUCAUCGCCGUCUCGGCCAAGGUCAAGGCAUCUCUGGCUGGAAAUAUUGAGCGCCUAAUUGCCCAUCUUGAUGCGAAUCCAGAUAUCAAUGUAGCCGACCUGUCGUAUACUACAACUGCUCGCCGCUACCAUCAUACGCAUCGCGUAGCAAUUGCCACCUCUACCAUGGAGAAUUUGAAAAAGCAACUGAACUCCUCCUUGGAGAAGGUUGAUUCAAUCAAACCUGUUGGAAAAUCUGGCCCUCCACCGGUCGCAUUCAGCUUCACCGGCCAGGGCGCCUCUUACAAGUCAAUGAGUUUAGAGUUAUACCACGAUGUGCCUAUCUUCCGAGAGCAUAUCCAGCACCUUGACUCAAUCGCUCAGAGCCAGGGAUUCCCAUCUUUCAUUCCAGCUCUUGACGGAACACACCCCAAAGACCAUGCUCACUCUGCUACCAUUACCCAGCUUGCCCUGGUCUGUUCUGAAAUUGCUCUCGCCAAAUACUGGGUAUCUCUUGGAGUCAAGCCAGACGUGAUCAUAGGCCAUAGCCUGGGCGAAUACGCUGCGAUGCACAUCGCUGGCGUUGUUACGGCCAGUGACACCAUAUUCAUGGUGGGACGCCGGGCUCAGAUGCUGGAAGAGAGGUGCAAGAUUGGCAGCCAUACCAUGAUGGCGGUUCGCGCUGCUGUUGCCCAUAUAGAGGAGUCCUCAGAGGGCAAGCCAUACACGGUUGCUUGCAUUAAUGGCCCUUCGGAUACAGUGCUCAGUGGCACUAAAGAUCAGAUGGAUGCCAUUGCAGUUCCCCUUCAGAAGGCCGGUUACCACUGUAUCAAGUUAGACGUUGCUUUUGCUUUCCACUCAGAGCAAAUGGACCCUAUUUUGGAUGACUUUGAGGCCGUUGUGGCCACCGGUGUCAUCUUCAAGGAGCCAAAAGUGCCAGUCAUCUCUCCCCUGCUCGGCAAAGUUAUUUUUGAUGGCAAGACACUGAAUGCAAACUACGUCCGCCAGGCUACCAGACAAACUGUUGACUUUGUCUCUGCUCUGAAGAACGCGCAGAAAAUUUCUACUAUAAGCAAUGAGACUGUCUGGAUUGAAAUCGGGCCGCAUCCUGUCUGCACUAACUUCAUCAAAAAUACCAUACCAUCCGCUGAGCUCGCCAUCCCAUCGUUCCGCCGCGGCGAGGACAACUGGAAGACCAUGGCUGAGAGUAUGGCCGCUCUGCACCUUGCUGGUAUUGACGUUAGCUGGAACGAGUUCCAUCGCCCAUUCGAGCGCAGGCUCCGCCUCCUGGACCUGCCAACAUAUGCGUGGAACGAAAAGAACUACUGGCUCCAGUAUAACGGCGACUGGUGUCUAACCAAGGGCAAUACAUUCUAUGACGCCGAGAAGGAAGCUGCUAGAGCUAAGGCUGCACCAAAGGCGCUGCCGGCCAGCGAGAUUCAGACCACGACGGUGCAGCAGAUCAUAGAGGAGACUUUCCAUGAAUCUGCUGGUACAGUAGUGAUGCAGUCAGAUCUUAUGCAGGCCGACCUCCUGGCGGCGGCUCAUGGGCACAGCAUGAAUAACUGUGGUGUGGUUACAUCGUCCAUCCAUGCCGAUAUUGCAUACACUCUUGGCAGCUAUCUGUACCGCAAGCUGAACCCACGAGCCAAGGAUGUGAACAUGAAUAUUGCCAACCUUGUCGUUACCAAGGGCCUAGUUGCUCAGACAAACAAGAAAAUCCCUCAGCUGUUCCGUGUGACUGCUGCCACUGCCGAUGUUCACUCAGGUGUGGUCGAUUUGACAUGGCAGAACGUGGACAACGAUGGCAACGCCGACGAGCCAUUUGCCACAGCCAACAUUUAUUAUGGAGAUGCAUCCGAGUGGCUCUUGUCUUGGGUGCCGAUUGCGCACCUCGUUCAUAGCCGGAUUAAAGUGCUUGAGGACCUGGCAGCACAGGGCAAAGCUAACCGCUUUUCCCGUAAUAUGGCGUACACCCUCUUCGCCAGCAACUUGGUGACCUACGCCGACAAGUAUCGCGGCAUGCAAUCAGUAGUCAUGCAUGAGCUUGAAGGAUUCGCAGAUAUUCAGCUAACCACCCAGGAAAGCGGCGUCUGGACUGUCCCGCCGUACUUUAUUGACAGUGUGGCACACUUAGCUGGCUUCAUCAUGAACUGCUCUGAUAGCAUUGACGCACAAAACUACUACUGCGUGACUCCUGGUUGGAACGCAAUGCGAUUUGCGAAACCACUUACCCCGGGAGCCAAGUAUCGGUCCUAUGUCAAGAUGAUUCCAACAGCUGAGGAUCCGACGAUUUAUUUCGGCGACGUGUAUAUCAUGCAAGACGACAUCAUCGUUGGUGUGGUUAAUGGCAUCCAGUUCCGCCGCUAUCCUCGCAUUCUGCUUAACCGCUUCUUCUCGCCACCGGACAAGAUGGCUGCGAUCGAAGGCAAGCCAAAACCCACUGUUUCUCAAGCUCCGGUUUCAGUGUCGGCAGCACCACCAGCGGCGCCAAAUACGACUGCCCCUGGACAUACCUCUGGCCCCGAAAGCAAUGGUGAGAAGAGCAAGCCGUCUUCUAGUAACCCUGCCAGCGCUAUGCCCGCUACACCAGCUCCGUCAAAGGGCGCUGCACCUGCAGCCACAGCUGCCGCCGCCCAGUCCAACAAUGCUGCGGCUGCGACUGCGUCUGGCAGCAUCUCUGCCAGAGCGAUCCUGCUCAUUGCGAACGAGGCCGGUCUGGAACUAUCUGAUAUGGAGGAUGGAGCUCGAUUUGCCGACUUGGGCGUUGACAGUCUCAUGUCACUGGUAAUUUCGGAAAAGUUCAGGACGGAAUUGGACGUCAAAGUCAGUGGGAGCCUGUUCCUGGACUAUGAGACCAUUGGAGAUUUGCGGGAGUGGCUGGACGAGUAUUACAGUUAA